UGGGGGGCUCUGUUUCCGCUUCCGGGACCAGAAUCCGGAAGUGGCAAUUGAGGGGCCUCUUCCCAUCACCAGCUGCGGCGGUUGUGAGAAGAGGGUGAACGGCCAUGGCGGCAGUCGCAGCGGAUCCGGCGGCUGCGGAUGCGGCCGAGGACCGAGAGCCACAGCGCGAAGCCAUGCCGGGCCUGGAGAGCCAGCGGCGCCAGAUCAAAAACAGCGAGAGUGGGCGAGAGCGUCCACUGCGGACCGGCGAAAGCUGGUUCCUCGUGGAGCAGCACUGGUACAAACAGUGGGAAUUGUACGUGCAGGGAGGAGACCAGGACUCUAGCACCUUCCCUGGCUGCAUCAACAAUGCUAAGCUCUUUGAAGACCAGGUAAACUGGCGCCUCAAGAAGGGACUGGUGGAAGGUGAGGAUUAUGUGCUGCUCCCAGAGGCUGCUUGGCAUUACCUGGUCAGCUGGUAUGGUCUAGAGCAUGGCCAGCCGCCAAUUGAGCGCAAGGUCGUGGAGCUGCCCGGCAUCCAGAAGGUCGAAGUAUACCCAGUAGAACUGCUGCUUGUCCAGCACAGUGAUAUGGACACACCCUUCACUGCUCAAUUCAGCCACACAGCUUCUAUUGGGUCCCAGGAAGACCUUGAGUGUGCUCCAUCACCCUGUACAGACCUAGUUUUGCGUACUGCUCGAGAGCAGUUUCUGGUGAGCCCCCAGGAAGAGGCACGGCUGUGGAUCAAGAACGCGAAGGGCUCUUUUGAGAGAUUGUGCAACACACGCGUCACGGUGUUCGACGCCGCCCUCAAGACUGGGCAGCUGAUCAUCAUGGAGACCCGAAACAAGGAUGGCACUUGGCCCAGUGCGCAGCCGCACGCCACGAAAAGUGCAUCGGAGGAGGAUAAGAACUUCCAGGGCCAGCCAGGCAUCUGUGGUCUCACCAACCUGGGCAACACGUGCUUCAUGAACUCGGCCCUGCAGUGCCUCAGCAAUGUGCCACAGCUCACCGAGUACUUCCUCAAAAACCGCUACCUGGAGGAGCUCAACUUCUGCAACCCACUGGGCAUGAAGGGUGAGAUCGCAGAGGCCUAUGCGGACCUGGUGAAGCAGGCAUGGUCUGGCCACCACCGCUCCAUCGUGCCCCAUAUGUUCAAGACCAAGGUCGGCCACUUUGCGUCCCAGUUUCUGGGCUUCCAGCAACAUGACUCGCAGGAGCUGCUGUCGUUCCUCCUGGAUGGGCUGCAUGAGGACCUCAAUCGUGUCAAGAAGAAGGAAUAUGUGGAGCUGUGCGAUGCGGCUGGGCGACCAGAUCAAGAGGUCGCUCAGGAGGCCUGGCAGAACCACAAACGGCGGAACGAUUCUGUGAUUGUGGACACUUUUCACGGCCUCUUCAAGUCCACGCUGGUGUGCCCCGGUUGUGGCAACGUGUCUGUGACCUUUGACCCCUUCUGCUACCUCAGUGUCCCACUGCCUGUCAGCUACAAGAGGGUCAUGGAGGUCUUCUUUGUCUCCAUGGACCCCCGCCGCAAGCCAGAACAGCACCGCCUCGUGGUCCCCAAGAAAGGCAAGAUCUCGGAUCUGUGUGUGGCUUUGGCCAAACACACUGGUGUCUCGCCAGAAAGGAUGAUGGUGGCCGAUGUCUUCAGUCACCGCUUCUAUAAGAUCUACCAGCUGGAAGAGUCUCUGAGCAGCAUCUUGGACCGAGAUGAUAUCUUCAUAUAUGAGGUGUCAGGCAGGUCUGCUAUUGGCGAGAACUCCAGAGAGGAUGUUGUGCUUCCUAUCUACCUGCGGGAGCGCACCCCAGCCCGGGACUACAACAACUCCUACUAUGGCCUCAUGCUCUUUGGGCACCCGCUGCUGGUGUCAGUGCCCCGGGACCGGCUCUCCUGGGAUGCCCUGUAUCACAUCCUCCUGUACCGCCUCUCACGCUAUGUGACCAGACCCAACUCAGAUGACGAGGAUGAUGGGGAUGAGAAAGACAUGGAGGAUAAGGACAACAUCCCCAAGCCUGGACACGUGGCUGUGGGCAGCUCCCAAGACCCUGGGCCAGAGCAGGCUGGGCCCAGCUCUGGAGUUGCAGGCAGGAGCCGGGCCCCCGUGGACAACUCCCCUGGCCCAUCUCACUGGCCACAGAGGGCGCGGCGCAAGCACCUGUUCACCCUGCAGACCGUGAAUUCCAAUGGGACCAGUGACCGCUCAACCUUCAACGAGGAUACCCAUGGUGUCUCCUUCAGCUGUGAGCCAGGGUUGGGGAGGCGGGAGGGGGGUUUCCUUGGCAGCAGGGCCCAUGACCACCUCCCCUCGCCCCCAGCCCAGCCGUACAUUGCCAUCGACUGGGAGCCAGAGAUGAAGAAACGUUACUAUGACGAGGUGGAGGCUGAGGGCUACGUGAAGCAUGACUGUGUCGGGUAUGUGCUGAAGAAGGCUCCGGUGCGGCUGCAGGAGUGCAUUGAGCUCUUCACCACUGUUGAAACUCUGGAGAAGGAAAACCCCUGGUACUGCCCCUCCUGCAAGCAGCACCAGCUGGCCACCAAGAAGCUGGACCUGUGGAUGCUGCCUGAGACGCUCAUUAUCCACCUGAAGCGCUUCUCCUACACCAAGUUCUCCCGCGAGAAGCUGGACACCCUUGUGGAGUUUCCUAUCCGAGACCUGGACUUCUCCGAGUUCGUCAUCAAGCCGCAGAGCGAGUCGGCCCCAGAGCUGUACAAAUACGAUCUCAUCGCCGUUUCCAACCAUUAUGGGGGCCUGCGUGAUGGACACUACACAACAUUUGCCUGCAACAAGGACAGUGGCCAGUGGCACUACUUUGAUGACAGCAGCGUCUCGCCUGUGACUGAGAAUCAGAUUGAGUCCAAGGCAGCCUAUGUCCUCUUCUACCAACGCCAGGACGUGGCGCGUCGCCUGCAGCCCCAGACUGGCUCAUCUGACCCCCCGGCAACCCCUGGCUGCAGUUCCCCACCCAACUCUGAGUUCAUGGAUGUAAACUGACGAGCCCUGGCUCUGCCGCAGGGAAGCAAGCCAUCUCUGCUCUCCCCGCCCUCCUGUCCCGCCGUAUCCACCCCCGUCCUCUUACCGCGUUAGGUUCCUCGUGCAGGCAUCACAGGCUUAGUUAUGGCUACUGUUCUCCUGUGCUGCUAUAUUGCUCCCUCCUGGAGAAGAAGAGGUUGUGUCUCCUCCCGGCAGUGUGUUCCCUGCCUGUGUUUGCCCCUUAGAGCUUUCACCUUCCCUUCUAUUCUCUAUUUAUGGUUGUCCCCUUCCCUAUGUCCUCAACCUGGGGUGUUCUGAGCAGGGUGUGGUGGGUGCACCUGAACACAGAGUGUAUUUUCUUAUCAAGACCUGUCCCUUCUGCUGUGUAUAUAUAAAGUGCCAGUGUGUUCCU